CACUAUAAAACAAGAAACGGUUUUGAAAUUGUAUACAUAGGCAGCAGACUAUUGGGAAGUGGUACCAAGGAACGGAACGCAAGAAGAAUCUCAGAAAUGUUGAACCAUCGUUUCCUUCAGUGUGUGAUGUGGAACAAAGAGAGACAAUUUUGUGGUGGUGGUGAAGCUGUAGAACUACCUAUGGGUUUUGACAUAAACUCCAUGUAUCCUCUUCAUCUGCGCACAAACUCUCUGAAGAAGCAAGGUUACGUUGAAGUCCGAUCAACGAUGAAUGCAAGAAUAUCUCCGAAGCGAAUUUCUAGGAUUUCCUUUAGUUUCAUCCAAGGGGAGAACCGACUAAGAGGUGGAGGUGAAGCCAUUUCACCAAGCUUCACACAUUAUCCUGGUAUCUCAUCCAGCCUCCAAAACCCAAUCAAUACAGAAAUCAAAUCAGAUAGAGAGAUCGGCCUUAAAGGUAUCCUAAAGCGUCAUCGAGGAGGAUACGACACAGGAAGGAACAUCAUCCACGGAUUUUCAAAUGACGAUUCCAUAGAACGAUUUCAGGGAGGACGCAAAGGGUGUGGAAUGUUCCACGAUUUAGAGAAACCUAAUUUGUAUCCCGAUCAUAGUAGACAAGAGAUGUUCCAGCCACAAUCUGUUAACCAGAUAUCCAUGCUCCUAGGAAGUGAAUGCAACGGGCGUAACGAGGAUAUUAAAACAUCUCUUAUUAACUCUCAGUCCCGACAUCAAGGUUGCGAAGGAUGUGGUGAACGUUUUUCGCCAUUUUUACCGUCUACUAAUUCCGAAUCCCGAAUUCGAGGUGGUUGUGGAGGAUGUGGAACACCUCCACCGCCAUAUCCCUACUGUCCACCAAAACCUUGUCCCCCAAGACCACCUUCUCGCUGUUCACCGCCGCCAUGUUCAGCAAAUCCUUGUCCCCCACGAUCAACUCCUUACCGUUCAUCACCUCCACCUUGUUCACCACCAUCCUGUCCACCACCAUCCUGUCCACCACCGUCCUGUUCACCACCACCCUGUCCACCACCACCCUGUUCACCACCACCCUGUCCACCUCAACCUCCCUGUUGCCCUGAGGCACCGAAAUGUCAUGAUUCUUGCGGCGAAAAAGACUGUUGUCCCGUUUCUAAGGGCUGUUGUCCUUGCGGGGGGUGUGGAGGUCCAGCUUGCUCUGAUAAUCCUGGAGGAGGCGGAAUUCAGGGCGGAUGCUGCUCCCCGGGACAGAGUAAAGGACUGCCCUGCAAGUGCAAGUGUCAGUCCUGCAGUGACUAUCAUCCAUGCGGUGGGUGUGGUGGCCAGUCCUGCGGUAGGAUAUACAGCUGCGCUGGACCUGGAGGUGGCAGAUGCUGUUUCCCAAGGAACUACAGGAGACGAAAUGGAGCAGAGUGUUGCGGAGGUGGUCACUCGAGCUGCGGAGGGUGCUGCUGAGAGUCCUCGAGGACGGAAAAUUCCUGCAAAGCCUUUCAACCCUGUUUGCCCUGAACUGUUUCACACAUACUCCAUCGAUUCUCUCUAAUCCUGUGCCAUAAACUCUGACAAUAAAUCAUAUAA